AUGGAGGGUACCAAAAUUGCAGCAGGGAAUUUUCUGUUAAGUUUUGCGACUUUAGUGGCUGGUGCAUCAAUCAGUAAAGUUCAACGUGUCCUUAGGCAUAUGGGAGUGGCAUGCAUUUCACUAAGCACUUUCUUCAGACAUCAGAAGGUGAGUUGGUCCUACAAACAGGACUACACCUUUUAACCCAUAGAGUCGAAUUACACCCACAAGUACAGAAAGAUCUGUUAUUCUGAACAGUGGUCCUAGUACUGCAACAAGUGAACCUGAAUGAGAAUGAGUUUUUUCUGUGAGUGACAACUGAUGAUUACGUGACAACUAAUGAUUACGUGACAACUAAUGGCCAAUGUUGCUUUUAGUGUGCCAUAUUGGCUAAUUAUUACAUUAUAUCAGGGCUUAAAAGUUAAAAUCUGAAUUUUCCAUCAGUAUCCAAUGGGAUACUGACAACUUGAAAUCUGGUAUCCACCCAUGAAACCUAGUAUCCCACAUUUGGAUAAUAGAUAGUUCUAGCAUUGUGAGCAGAUUAAAUAGCGGAAACACAGCAAUUUGAUAAUAUAAUUACUGUAAAAUGUAAUUUGACAGUAAUUAAUAACAUUCAACAUCCCAUUGGAUACUGAACUUGUGAUUUCCAGUAGACCGAGAUUAGUGGAUAUUGGGAUACUGCAAAUUUGAAGCCCUGUAUAUGUUCUCAUCAUUUGUCAAACAGAUCAGUUCCCUUGAAUGGUGAUUCAUACAACAUAUUGUUUUUCAUAAACUGUUUCAGAAUAAGCUGUUUCCAGCCAUUUCACUGCACUGGAAAAACUACCAAAGCCAGCUUGUUGACAAACUCAAACAAAACAAAGAACCACUGGUUAUGGCAGGAGAUGGAAGGCACGAUAGCAUGGGGCAUAGUGCAAAGUAUUGUGCUUACACGAUAUUCUGCUGCACAUCUCCAUGUAUAUUACACUUCAAUUUAGUGCAGGUUUGAAAAUAAAUAUUUCUUGAUUUCAUUCGGGUUUUUUCAUAACAUAAUUUCAAUGUUUUAUGUCCACAUUAGAGGAACGAAGCAGGAAGUAGUCAGGCAAUGGAGUACAUGGCAUUUCAGCAUUGUAUGGAAUAUAUUAAUAAUUGUGGAAUAACAUAUGACACACUUGUCACUGACCGCCAUACUUCCAUAGCGAAACAUAUAAGGGAAAAUCUUAAAGAAGUGAAGCACUACUUUGACCUUUGGCACUUGAGAAAAAGUAUGUUGCAAAAUAUGUUAUCUUUCUACUUCCCCCAUGUACAGUAAUCCAGAAUCUGACUUUUAAUAGCUUUGCAAUCCAGAAUCCAAACAUCGGAGGAAUCCGGAAUCAUUAUCCUUGGCCAAUUUACCUGGAAUCCAGAAUCCACAACCAUUCUGGAAUCCGAAAUUCAAGUACUGGAAUCUAGAAUCCAAAGAGUGGAAUCCAGAAUCCAAUAAGUGCAUGGAUUACCUUACAUGGGCCGAUUCUACUGUACCUUCUCAGUGGUUAAUCGAUACUUGUGAUAAAUUUAAUAUCAUUUAUUAAUCAUAGAAAUUCGAAAAGUGCUAUCAAAAAUUGGAAAAGAAAAUGACUGUGAGGAGGUCCAACCCUGGAUCCGCCCCUGUGAGAACCAUCUAUCCUGGAGUGCUACUUCAUUUGGUGAUGGAAGAGUCAUAUUGGCUAAAUUUGUGUCCUUUCUUGGCCAUAUUGUUGACAAACACAAAAACCUUGAUGACCCUAUUUUUGACAGCUGUGCACAUGGUGACAUUGAACACAGGGAGUGGCUUAAUGACAGUAAGUAAUUGUUCUGAUAAUAUUGAUGAUAUCUGGCACGCAAACUAUUUAGGUGCACAUUUUGGUUGCACCACAUUGCCUGUUUGCAUUCUGUCAUAAAACAGGUUUUGUAGACACAGACUGUCACUACAGAGUGUUAACAUUAUAAAAACAAAAAUAUUAUUUGUGUAUAUUUUAGAAUGUGUUGUGUAUGAGAAAGUUUGUAAGGCAUUGGGAAACAAGAGGUUAAAGAAGGGAAUCCAGAAAGCAUCUCCCUUAUCCCAAACAAGCUGUGUUGAGGGGUUUCACUCAGUGUUGAACCAGUUUGCACCAAAGAUGAUCGCUUAUUCCUAUCCUGGCAUGUAUAUUAGGUAAUUGUGCAUAUAUAUCAUAUUCACACAUAAAAAGUUAUUGCAGUGGUGCCGGGGGGGGGGGGGGAAUCAAUUUGCCCCAGGCCCCCAAAUAGUGAGAAAACCAAAUAUUUAGUUUACAUUUUAAGGAUCAUAUUUAAAUAUUUAAUAUAUAUUCACACUUUCUUAAUAUUAGGCACAUUAUUGCAGCAGUUCACUUCAACCAUAACCUGAAUAGGAAAGUGGUAACAAAUUCAGAUGAUUCAGAGCAGCUUGUAGUGGUCUACCCCAAAUUCAAGAAUGGUGAAGCUACCAUCCGGGAUGUAAAAGUUGCUGCAAACUUUUGUAAGUAUGUGGUUCUGGAGGUCAUAUUUUAGUUGAUGAAGGAAAAGCAUUUAUGCUCAAAUUGCAAAAGUUUUUGACAGCUGGGUAGAUUUUUUUAUGUACAGUAAUCCAGAUAAUUUUUAGGAGCAAAUAGCAGUAAAUAUUUUUAAAUCAACAGUUUAGGUAUAUAUAAUAAAUUACAUUCUCUGAUCAGGCUAUGUUGAAGAGAUGUAUCAAACCUUCCUGGAUGCUCAAAGGAAAGGCGACCUUGAGGAAGAGAAGGACAAAUUGAAGAAGAUGACUCCUGAGCCAAUAAACACAAUGCUGACCAAGCAACCACGAGAUGAGGCCAUAAAGAAAAGAAAAGAAAAGAAAGGAUAG